GUGACAAAUUAAUUAACAAUCGCCGAGUGGGGAAGGCUACCGUUCAGGGGGGAGGGGCUUGCCUGCGAUUAUUGUUCGAAAACUGGGUCGAUAUUAUGCGAGUAUGGGGACGAGUGACAUCAUUGGAAAAGAGAAAGGUAUGCGUGUACGCGCGAAGGGGAAUGUCGCGAUUUAUGAAGCGAUGGAUUCCUUCGUACGAACGCGUCACCGUUGCUCGUUAGAGCAUAGAAAAGUCCUCCUAAACACAGAGAGCGAAAACUCUCUGUCGCUCUCUCACUCCGCCGCGGAACACGAUUCGGCACUCGCGCAAAAGUUUGCGUUUUGCCGCAGUUUCGCACGCGGGGGAUGAAUAAUGUAACGAGCUGCUCUCGUCGCACACGCCGAGCGAGAGAAGUUUCUAAUUAGGCAAUCCUGUGCGUGUACGCGACGCAGCAGCGCCGGACAGUACAAAAGCCGCGGGAUUUGUAUGGGUCCGGCGCUUUUAUCCACGUAACUCGCGUAGCCUCGUCGAAAAAGCGAUAUAUUGUGACGUGCCGGGACAGUUUUGUCCCGGUCAGAUUUUAAUUGGCCUUUCGCGGUCAGCUUCUUUUCAGUUAGCUCGCGGAGCCGUGAUUUCGAAGCGCGCUUUUGAUAUGACGAUCUUUCUUUCGCACCUGUGCAGUACGGGGAAAACGCAGUAGGUCUAAGCCUUUUUCCGGCGAGAGAAAAUCAUGAGAAAAUCGGCCCGGUCGAUCAUGGAAGAAUGCGAAAAUGCGAGAAAAGCCAUAGAGAGAGAGAGAGAGAGAGAGAGAGAGAGAGAGAGAGAGAGAUCCCGGAAACAGCGGGGCAGCUGAAAAGCGUGUAUAACUGUAUCCGUGCAAUGUCCCCACAUGAUUUAUUUUGAUCGAAAAAAACGGAGAAAAGGGUUCUUAUACAGCCAUAAGCAUCGGCAUUUCUGAAUGAGCCUGUGUGUGUGUGUGUGGAGAGCAAAAGGGGACAGGUCAAGCCCAAAGGGACCUGUUUGGCCGUCGCCUACGCUCUCUCACAAUGGACAUCGUCCAAAGAGAGCUGCGACGAAGAGCGCGUUAUAUGUAUGUGUGAGCCGGCGGCGGACUGCGGAGCGCUGCAAGGCACAAAAGGCCCGGCCGAGAUCCUCCCACGAUACGCAGGAGCCUCUCUCUCUCUCUCUCUCUCUCUCUCUAUUCAGAGCUCGCCGUGAGAACGAGAUUUCAUAUUUUUCAUAACUACUACCGGCAGCCACUGCGGCGAAUGUGUGGACUGUGUUUUUCUGGGGCCUUUUCUAUGCCGUCUCGGCUUUUUCUCUCUAAACUCGCUGUCUCUCGCUGGUCACCCCGAUUUCACCCGUUUUCCGCUCGAAGCAAAGGCCAGAGAGAAUGGGACCUAUCCUUUUCCCGCCGGACAAUGCGUGUAUACGCGCGCACCUUCUCUCGGCCUCUAUCUACGGGCGAAUCUACCCUAAUCAACUUAACCGUGGGAGAGCUGAGGAUAUUCUUUGGUACCGUUUUCUUCGCGCAUCUUUUAUUCAUCUCGUUUUCCGCGCGCGCCUUUUUAUCGCCUCUCGAGGAUGAUUAUUCCGCUGCGGUAGCUUCGUGGUCGCGUCGGUGCGCCUUGGGGACCGAUCGGGAAAUCGCGGUGCGCUACUCGUGUGUUCUCUAUACGCUCGAGGAAGGCACAAUACGUAAAAGCCGCUUAAAAGCCGAUAAAUCAUCUUUAUUGCUGCGAAUCGAUAAGAUCGAUCCGGAGACACGCGAGACGCGCCGCGGUAAUACCGGGUAGCUAGAGAGAGAGAGAGGGUCAACGGUCUCUUUUUUCCCCGAACCGUCGCGCUUUUUUUCUCUCGACGUUACCGGGCCGCUGCAACGUUGGAGAAAAAACGGCCGCAUCCUUUGUGUCCAGGUACGGGUUAAUCGAAAAAAACCGAGCCGUCGUAGGUCCCGUACGGCGAAGGGGGUUGGAGAAAAAAGAUGAGCGACGAGAGGAGAGGAAAGGAGGAACGUUCGGCUCUCUCUCUCUCUCUCCCUUAUAGAAUCAUCCCCACUACCGAGAAGCGUACAUACGUAUGUACGCUCGCGCGGGGUCCUUUCUAUUCUUUUGAUAUCCUGUCGGGGUCCUGCUCGGGCUGGCUUCAUAUCCAGUCUGCAUCCGAGCAUGGACCACGCCAGUGGCCCCUUCUUACCGUCGCGCGUUCGGUGAUACAUGUGCAAGCUUCGCCAUAUUAGCGACGCCGCAACGGAAAGUAUCCGUCGAAUUGUACAAUAUAUUAUCGAGCCGAUGAUCGAGCUGCUAGUGUCGUCGUCGUGAUAUACGUACACACUCACAUACUUCGAGGAGUAAUGGCGCUGCUAACGGGUAACGAUUCAAACAAUCGGCGAAAUUACCCUCCAAUAGAGAGAUAAGACUCCCGUCCGCAUGAAUAGUACAUUGCAGCGCGUGCGGCUCCUUUUUCCUGCGCUGCAGCGUAGUGUAAUCCUCGUUUACGUGUUAUAUAUGGAUAGGUGUGUGUGUGUGUGUGUGCCGCGGAACUUGCUCGCGAGAGAGAGAGAGAGAGAGAGAGAGAGAGAGAGAAACUCAAUACUAAUGGAUAAUGGAAUUAUUGGUUUCGGAGAGAGAGACGCCUGGGGAUGAUCGUAAUUCAAUUGUUUCGAUGUGUCCUCUGGACGUUUUGACAGGACGGAUGUCCUAACAAGGACACCGCCGCGGGCUAUGUAUCCGGCGAUGCGGCAUACGUGCCUUCGCUCUCUCCCACUGUAUAAUACAUAUAUCUAUAGUGUAUAUAGAGCAAGAGCGAACGGUAAACUUUGCUCGUUUCUUAUGCGCGCGUGUGCGAGUGUGUCUCGAUGCGACAACUUUUUCCCGACGAGCCGCGCAAAUCGCAUUACAUAUAUACUAUACGUCCCCGCGACGAGUCGAGGAUUUCUUUCCUGAAGAUGCGAUUUCUGUAUUAUCGUAGUGAAAAUUAACGCACGCGUACAGUGCAUACACCGAGAGCAGAGCUUCUUCGAUUGAUUAUACCAUACGACGUAUUCCGGGUAAUUAACAUCCGAUUGAUUCCCGGCUCAUUAGUCGCCCGAUAUUCCCGUGCAAAUAUAGCCGCAAACAAAGUUACACACAGAGGGAGGGAUGUGUUAUAUUAUGGAGGUACACAUAACUUACAGGCGCAGAGAGAGAGAGAGAUAUCAAUAUGCAUAAGUAUAUUGGUUAUAUCUUGCCUCUCUCUGGGCCACUCGAAUCAUCGCGCGGGACUACUAGCUUUGAUUGCGUUUAUUGCGUGCGCAUGGAUAUGAGAGAAAGAGAGGGAGAGAGAGAGAGAGAGACAAUGCAAGAGAGGGAGCGGAAUGCCCGAGACGUAUACAGAUAUAGAUAGACACGCUCGAGAUCGAGGCAUUACGGAUGUAUGGGCCAAUUUGUAAGCAAUCCAACUUAUGCUCGAUCCGGCGGAGGAGGCUGCAAUAUUGUAUUUUUACCGACUUAUAUUCCCUCUGCCACUACACUCGCACACUUCUGUACACUCUCGGAAUGCCGUGUGUCUAUAUAUUUCCCACUAAUGACGAAUAAGGCAUUAUCGUGGUCGUCGCAGAAGUUGAUAAAAAAAAAAAAAAAAAAAAAAUACACAUCAAGCUCGCUGGACCGAAUUUCGCGCGCGGCCGGCAACAUCUGCCCCCGAAAAAACAAAAGCCCAUUGUCGCUACAACUACGCCGGCGUCUCUCGAGUUUCUAACCGAGCGCUUUUCAAUCGUAGGCGCAUAACGGACUCUAUACUCCGCUCUUGCUCUCGCGCAUUCAGCUACCUUUUUCUUGCUCGAUUUUUUCCCUCCUCUACACCCCAAGCUGAGUUACGGCGGUUCUGCGAGUUUUUUUAUUAACACACAUCGAUUGCUAGUACAAUACAACAAUUAUUACAGCCGUAUACACACACACACACACUUCCGUAACAGUCAAGAGCAAAAGAGCUCCUCUUGAAUGUGGGUCUUCUUCAUCGUCGUCUCCGCGCCUCCUCCAACUUUCCCUCGGCACAGCUUUAACUCUCUCUUUCCGUGGCGGCGCUCGAUAUUUUAAUUUCUGCCGCGCUCGCGCCAGCGAAAGUGUUCCCCCGCCAUAUAUACACUUUAUAAAUCCGUUCGCUCGACUUUUCAAGAAGAAGACGUCGUCGUCGUUGCUGCUGCGAUCUAGCAGAUUUUCGCGGAGACGUCCCAGAGCACAGCCUCGCCGGACAUAGUGAUGUGCGGCGGCUGUCGGGUCUCCUACCCGCUGGGCGAGAUAGUGCGCUUCAUCGAGCACAAGGUGAACCAUUGCCGUAGCAACUUACCCGGAUGCCAGAGCCCAUCGGCAACAGCGGCACCGGAGGACUCGGACCCCGAGGACGCCCUGGCCAUCAAGAGCAGCAUCGGCUCCGAGACGAGUCCGAGCGAGAAGCUAAACUCGGUGCCGAGCAUAUCGGCCCCGAUAAUCAAGAGGUCGGGCCGCGUCGAGAGCCCACCCACGCCACAGGGUAGUAGUAGUACCAGUUCCGGAGCUAACGAGGCCGUCAGUCCCAUCGAGCUCAGGGCGAGCGCCAGCUCGACGCCCAAGAGGAGGACGGUAGACGGCCUCCUCGACGACGGCAUCGACGAGAUCGCCAAGAAGCCCAAGACCGAGUCCGUCGACGCCGAGUCCAACACCGUCAGCACCGAACCAAAGUGGCUGCAGUGCUCGCAGUGCUCGCGGCGCCUCUCGUCCGCCUGGGAGAUGCUGCAGCACGCGCAGACGGUCCACGGCUCGCGGCUCUACUCGUCCAACGGCUCCUCGGCCAACACGCCGGCGCCGAGUCCGCCCACGCCGACGCCGAUCUCCGGCCAGCAGCCUCAGCAACAGCAGCAGCAGCACCACCUCAGCCCGCUGAACCACCUGAACCUCAGCGGCAAGUCGACCGGCAGCUCCUCCGCCGCCAACUCGUCCGGCGGCACGUCCAGCAGCGGCAGCUCCUCCAACCGGCAGCAGCAGCCCGGACUCCAGUCCUCGGCGGCGACGGCGCCGGGCCUCGGCGUGGGCGACCCCCUGCACAGCUUCCUGCGACUGCCCCAGCACCUCGAGCGCGGCUUCGCGCCCAUGUUCAGGCCCGAGUUCCUCGCGCUCAACCCCCUCGCCGGCUACCGCGGCCUGCAGGACCUGCAGACCGCGACGCGCAACCUGCAGAACCUCGGCGACCCGCUGCGCGGCAUCGACGGCCUCAACCUUGGCGACCCCCUCAUGCGCAGCUCCCUCGACACGCUCAACAACGCGCGCAACCUCGCGAACCUCGCGGAGCUCUCGCACGCGGGCGCCCGAGGCCUCGGCCACGGCCAGCCAGCCCAACUCGAAGCGAACCUGGAUUUUUACUCGGCGCGCCUAAGGAGCCUCGCUAACCCGUCCUUAGGCGCGGCUCCUAACACAGCUUCGGUCAGCAGCUCCGGCGGCAGGGGUAGCUCCUCGGCUGCCGCCACCGCAUCCAGCCAGCCCGAGCCCCCCAGCCCGGCGCUCCAGGCCAACGCCGCCGGCAUCAACACCGGCUCCUCCAGCGCCAGCCCCCAGCAGCAGCAUCACGCGCAGAAGGAGAGCUCGCCGCCCUGCUACAGCCAGAGCCCGCUCGCCGGGCACCACCACCACAACAACAACAACAGCACCGACAGCGACAAGACCUCGCCGCCGAUGAUCGGCGAGGGCGGCGCGCCCGGCGAGCUGGGCUGCGUCUACACCUGCGACGUCUGCGACAAGAAGUUCCGCUUCCAGUCGAACCUCAUCGUGCACCGCAAGAGCCACAAGGAGCAGCUGCGCGCCGAGUCCGAGCAGGCCCGCCGGCCGGUGCGCUGCGACGUCUGCGAGGCCGAGCUCAGCGGCUUCGCCGAGCUGAAGAAGCACGUGCGCAAGGAGCACCGGGACGGCCUCGGCGGCGCACAGAGCCCCCAGGGCAGCGUCGAGACCGUGCCCGACGACGACAGCAGCUGCGACGAGAACAUGGACCUCGAGGAUGAGAACGAGGUCGGCGGCAAGCGCGCCGGCGACGAGGAGGCCGACGACGCCGAGGAGAACACGCCCGAGGACCUGUCGACCACUCAGGGCCACCCCGGCGAGGCCGAGCGCGCCGAGAGCAAGGCCAGCCUCGUGGGCGACCUCAUGGAGAAGUUCGGCCUGAGCAACAUCGACCAGUACUCGGAGGCGUACCGGCAGGCGCUGCAGGAGAACCACCGCAGCGUCGGCGGUGUCGGCGGCGUCGGCGGCGUCGGCGGCUUCGUCAAGGCCGAGUCGACGGCCAGCCUGGCCAACUCGCUCAACAACAACAAGGAGAAGGACUCGACCCUCUCGCCGACCAACUUCAACAGCUCGAGCGCCGGCAACCUCUUCUCCGGCCAGGGCUUCGGCCGCGCGGCCGGUCCCGACUUUGCCGGACUCUGGCUGCCCAGUCCGCACUACCUCGAGAGCAACGAGUUCCGCAAGGCCAGCAAGGCCGCGAGCAGCUCGGCCAGCCUGGCCCUCCAGGGACUGCCCAGUCCGCUGCUGAAGAAGGAGCGCAGCGGGCGCAACGACACCUGCGAGUACUGCGGCAAGGUAUUCAAGAACUGCUCGAACCUCACGGUCCACAGGCGCUCGCACACCGGCGAGAAGCCCUACAAGUGCGAGCUCUGCUCCUACGCCUGCGCCCAGAGCUCCAAGCUCACGAGGCACAUGAAGACCCACGGCAGGCACGGCAAGGACACGUACAAGUGCCGCUUCUGCGAGAUGCCCUUCUCCGUGCCGAGCACCCUCGAGAAGCACAUGCGCAAGUGCGUCGUCGUGGUGCAGCAGGGACCGAAGCUCGGCAUACCCUAUCCGAGCAGUCAGGACGAGGACUCGUCCGUCAGCGCCAAGGACACCUGAUCCUGGACGGGGGGAAGCCUGCCGCCGAUUCCGCCACUCUGGCCACACAGGCCGCCCUAUCCGGUCUACUAAUUGCGAGAGACCGGCUGAUCUGCCGCGCCCGCUCAAAGAGUCUGAACCGCUCUCGACGACGGACGACGAUGCGGAGGCCAGUAUAGACGAUUGAUGAAGGGAGACUACGAAGGCCAGUCCGACGAUGGUUACCAGUCAUGUCGUACGCCCAGCCGCGCGGCCAGUCUACGUACACACGCACACACACACACACUGCAAAUACGAGAGAGGACGAGUACGAAAGUCGAAAAUUAUUAUUAUUACUACUAUUGAGUAUAUAUAUAUAUAUAUAUAAUAUAUAGAGAGAGAGAGAGAGAAGAGCGAUAAAGAUGAAUAUAUAUAUAUAGAU